UUACCUUCACUUCACAAAAAUAUGAAGAUCCUCACCAGCAUUCUCCUCAUCUGUGGCCUAGCGUCCUUGGUGAUCUUCAUGUCAAUACUACAACCCCAGAACUUCUACGGCAUCGAAUACGAUAUUCGAGUCAUCAACGGCUUCACAAACAACUCCUCCCUGCCUCUUGUCAUCUGGUGUGCAUCAGAACACAGUGAUCUUGGUGGACGUGCGCUUCAGGAGCAUGAUGAUUUCAGCUGGAGGCUGAGGACCAAUUUCUGGGGCACCAACGACCGUUUCAAAUGUACAAUGAAAUGGGACCGAACAAGAAGGAGCUUUGAAGCCUUUAAGGCUCCCAGGGAUGCACAGAGGUGCGGUCCUUUUAGGAAGUGUUCUUGGUUGGUCAGAGAAGAUGGGUUCUAUUUCAGCAAUGAUGAAGUAAACUGGAGAAAAGAUUUUUCAUGGUAAGAUUAAUGAUUGGGAAACAGUUCUCAUUAUAAUUAACAAAGUGCAUGGACUACUGGAAAAAAAAUUUGGAGGGUAUUUUUGUUUUUGGGUUCCUUUUUAAAAUUAAAUAUUUCCAUGUUGCUUUGCUAAGUCACAGAUGGAACCCCAAGUUGAAUUGUGUUAUGUUAGAAACGACUGUAAUGCAAUUUUGGUUCAAUUAUGAGUUUACUCUAAGCAAUAUGUAAUAAAAUAGUACUCUUUUUUCC